AAGUCCAAUCUAGAAAGAAUACGCAUGGAUAACCAAAAAUACAAUUAACUAGUGAAAGAGGAAGGGUUUGAAAGAUGAUUUAUUCAGAUCUCUCCUCAUGCUCAUUAAGAAGGCAAAUGAACAAGCUAUUCCAUUAAUAAAUUAGGUUCGUGUGUCUUCUUCUUUGCACCAAAAAGUUUAUAUUUAAUCAUAUUUUGAUGUGUGUUAAAAAAAAAAUCAUAUUUUUAUGUAUCCAUGCCACUUCAUCUGAAUUUGAUUUGAAAAUCAAAUUCAUUCCAAGAAAUCACUUUUUAUUCUUAUUAAUCUCUUUCGUUAACCUCCAUUUACGUAUUUUAUAAGAAAGUCUACUAGUUUCAAAACCAAAUCUUGAAUAUCAUAUACAGACCUUAAAGGUUAAAUUCUAUUAACAGUAUUAACAAGAACCAACAAUUGACUAGUUAAAAUCUGUAUACCCAAAAAUCCUUAAAAAAAUCGUGGCUUUUACCUAAAUAUAAGGAUAUUUUUCAUUAGCAAAAUCUCAAAAAUGUAAUUAUAAUAGUGUUGCUUUUUAGGUGCUUCUAUAUAACAUAUCAGUUACAUGUGGCAAACGGCUACUGGUUGGGACUUAUGAGUUUUCGUUAUUAGACGUUACUGAAAGCUUUAAAAGUUACACGUGUACAUAAAUGAUUGGUUCUACUACGUGGAGCCUAUAUUAAAGCGAAAUGACUAGAAGAGAGAGAUUGUCAGCCACAAAAAAAAAAGAGAGAACUUCGUUGAGCUAAACCCUAGCCCCGAGCCUCCGAGAAGAAAAGGGGAUUUAGUUACGUAUCUUCUUAGGGUUUUGCACCAGUACUCGAUCAUGGAUUAUUCUGAUGAUGAUGGCAUGCUCGAUAAUGAAUCAGGUGAAGAUAAUUUAUACAGUGACGAUGCAGCCGACAGUAAUCCUCUAUUUGCCGAGGAAGAUAUGGACAAGGAUUGCACAUCUCAGCUAAGUUACGUAGUUCUUAACGAAGAAGACAUUCACAAGCAUCAAAGGACCGAUAUUGUAACGACCCAAUUCCCAGCCCAAUCACUUUGGCCCGUCAGAGCCCGUUAGUGUUGCAGGAAACCCUUGAGAUUGAGCCGUCACUCACAUCUGAGAUCGUACCGCCGCCACCACCACGCCCAGAGCCGAGAUCGACCAGUUCACCGCCGAUCCCAGCCGAAGACCACCAUCGUGAUCGUGACGUCGAGACGAGUCCGGAGCAGGAAGAUCAGCCGGAGAUUCGCCCAGACGCGCCGUCACGCGCAUCUUUUGUGUCGCGGCGUUCCGCGCGUGUAUCCCACGCGCCACCGCAACCCGCCGUCGUCCAUCGCCGCCGUUGAUUCCGAUUUGGAGUCUGUUUGAGCAGUUGGAGUUCAUAGCUACUACUUUUCCACGUUGCUAAGAUGCCGCCAAAAAAAGGAACUAAGCGUACUCGCACAGUUAGGGUCAGAGCUGAUGCUCGUGAAGUUGUGGAUGAGCAGGGUGCUGCAGGAGAUGUUCAGGGGAAUGGUGUUCAGGCAGAGGGUGUGCAGCCUGUAGUCCCACCGUUUGAUCAGGCUGCGCUCAUGCAGAUGGUUCAGCAGGCAGCUACCCAGGCUGCCCAGGUUGCUAUUCAGCAGGUUACGCAGGAAGCUGCUCGUGUAGCUGCACAAGAAGCUGCCCGUGUAGCUGCACAGGAGGUUGCCCGUCAGUUGGCUGCUGGUCAGCAGAUUCCAGCUCAGCAGAUUCCACCGCAGCAGAUUCCAGCUCAGCAGAUUCCACCGCAGCAGAUUCCACCUCCGCAGAUUCCACCACAGCAGAUUCCACCGCAGCAGAUUCCACCUCAGGUUCCUGUGCAGGGGGUUCCAGAACAGCAGCUUCCUCAGGGUUUACAGCAGCCACCACUACCACCACCUCCACCUUUACCGGUUUACCGGGUAUAUGAUGAGAGAUUUUACAGACUCACGACUCAGAUGCGGAACAUGGACAUGGAGCAUUUUGGGGGAACAGUGGAUGCUACAGUUGCUUAUGAUUGGAAGCUUGGUCUGCAACGAAAAUUGGAGAUUAUUGAGUGUCCACCAGAGGUUUCUCUUAGGUUGGCUAUGCAGUACCUACGUGGAGAUGCACUUGUGUGGUGGGAGGGAGUACGAUUGGGCCAUCGUGGGCCUGAUCCGCUUACCUUUACAGAUUUUAUCCGGGAGUUCGAUAGGAAGUACUUUCCAAAAGAAGCUAUGGAUAAGAAGAAGAGUGACUUCGAGCAUGUGAGCCAGAGUGGCAUGACAAUCAGGGAGUAUGAGGUUGAGUUCAACCGACUUCGCAGGUUUGCAGGAGGUGGUAUUACUGAGGAAGACCUGAUUAGGAAGUUUUUGAGUGGGAUGCGAGUCGACAUUCGCAACAGAUGUCGUGUCGUCACUUACCAGAGAUUGGAAGAUUUGGUGGAGAAAGCUGCUGAGCAGGAAGCAGGUUUGGCAGAGGAGCAGAAGUUCCUCAAAUCAUCUCAAACUAAGUCUGGAAAGACUGAUGAGACUCAGAAGAGGACCAGGGACCAGUCAGAAGCACCGUAUUGUGCUCGAUGUCGUCGUCACCACGGCGGAGAGUGUCUCAAGUGUUUUACUUGCGGAAGGUGGGGACAUUUGUCAACGCAUUGUCGGAUGAAACCAGCAGAUGCGACUUCGGCCAGUCAGAUCGCAACACCUACAGCGGCAAUCAGGAUUUGUUACAGUUGUUAUGAGCCCGGUCAUAUUGCUAGAGAUUGCCCAAAGAAGGGGCAACCAACGCUUCCACCAGCUAAGCGUCAAGCCGUCGCUCCACGUGUGUAUGCCCUAGGAGAGGCCAAUGGAGCUGAGCCGACAGCCGUUACGUAUCUUUGCCCCACUCGUUUCUCUUGAGAGCUAUUGUGGUUGUGAUUACUAUGUAUAGUUAAAAAAAAAUUAUGUGUAGGAUCGGUUUC